AUGGGUUCCAUUGUACUGCCUCACCUGCGUUCAGCCUGGCACGUUGAUCAGGCUAUCCUCUCCGAGGAAGAACGCCUGGUCGUCAUCCGGUUUGGCCGCGACCACGAUCCCGACUGCAUUCGUCAGGAUGAAGUCCUCUAUAAGAUCGCCGAGCGAGUAAAGAACUUCGCCGUCAUCUACCUCUGUGAUCUCGACGAGGUCCCCGACUUCAGUACCAUGUACGAGCUUUAUGACCCGAUGACGAUCAUGUACUUCUAUCGCAAUAAACACAUGAUGUGUGAUUUCGGAACGGGUAACAACAACAAAUUGAACUGGGUUCUGGAGGACAAGCAGGAGUUGAUCGACAUCAUUGAGACCAUCUACAAGGGCGCUAAGAAGGGUCGUGGUUUAGUCGUUAGCCCGAAAGAUUACUCGACGAGAUACCGAUACUAG